AUGGAUCCCACAUCCGCCCACUCGACGGCGCUGGUCCGGAAACGGACCGACCUGGAACUUAUGCCUCCGCCGCCACCAUCAAAGCGCAUCAAACGGCCAAAACACGUGCUCGACGAAGAUACCUACACCGAAGCGCUCUCCCAGAUCAUCGCCCGCGACUUCUUCCCCGGCCUGCUCGAGAGCGAAACCCAGCAAGAAUACCUCGAUGCGCUCGAGUCCAAAGACGCAGAAUGGAUUGAUAGCGCGAGCCGGCGCCUCCGGCAGGUGAUGACCCCGGGCCGCCGACGGACGCUAGCCACACCACUCCGCCAGGCCGGCGGCAGCAGCGCGUCAGCAGGCGGUCGCACGCCGCUCAACUUUGUCGGCGACACGCCCGCCACGGUGAUUUCCACCACCAGCACGACGGCACCGUCACAAAACCCGAACCCCGCGAUCGACACCAGCGUUUCCCUCGCCGCGUUCCAAUCCAAAUACACCUCCGAAGACAACGAGUCCUUCUACAAGCUCCUCGACCGACAGAACCGAAAACGCGUCGAAAAAUACGCCUGGCUCUGGACCGGCAACAAACUACCGUCUAAACAACAAAUCAAACAAAAAGAAGUCGAAGCCAAACUGCUCGCCCAGCGCGGCUCCGGCGCCCUACACGACGACGGCUUCACGCGAGACCGCCUCGCAAUCCUCGACAAAAACGCCGCCGGCCGCCCCGCCGCGCCAGACCACUGGAACCGCGCGAAGCCGAAUAACGAGCUGAUGUUUAUCCCGGAUGGCGUGGACGACCUGGUGGAGACGGUGGCCGAGCGGGCGCAGGCGGAGAGCCGGGCCGGGCAGAAGCGGAUUGUCUACGAGAACACGCGGGUUCCUUCUUCACAGACUGCGCGGGAAACAACAACCGCCGCCGGUGGUAGGGAGGACAGGUCGAGGGCGGGGUCACCGACGUUGUCUGAGGUGCGCAACGCAAUUGCCGGUAACAGGCGGGCGUGCGAUACUGAGACGAGUAUUAUGGGUGGUGGGGGUGGAGAAACACCGCGAGUGAACGGGUACGCGUUUGUAGACGAUGAAGAGCCGGAGCCGGAACCAGAACGGGGGAAGAAAGACAAAGAGCCGGCGCUGAUUGAUCUCGGUCCAGGCGACGCCACGCCGAAUCCGUUUCAGUUCCAAGAACAGCGGAAGCGCGAGGCAUUGCACCACCGCAUGGUGGACAAGAUCUCUCAGUCGAAGCGGACUUCGGCGAGGCUGGGAUUCACGGGGAAUGUGGAGCGCGGUCCUGUGCCGAAGUUCCCCAGCAGCCCGAGGGUGUCGGGCGGGUCGUUGACGCCUGCGGCGCAGAGGUUAUGGGGCAGAAUUGGGGGGUCUGAGGGAGGGAAAGGGGCUGCUUCGCCGUUUGGUGAUUCUGUGAAGUUUACGCCCAAGGCUACGCCGAGGAAGGAAAUGAAACACAUCGCGAUGCGUCUCGGGGACCUCCUCGUCGACCUGGCCGCCGUCGCGAGCGCGUCGCGUGCCGUGGCCGGGAAACAUGUGGCGCUCCGGGCGAGGCAGGCAGAGCGAUAUCGCCAGGGGUCGAGUGUUUUGAGGGGACAGCCACCAUCACCACCACCUCCAAAGGCACCAUCAGAACCAUCGGGAGCACCACCAUCACACCCCCAGGAAUCGGGACCCCAGCCAACACAAACAUCGCCAGAUAGGACCACGGGGAGUAGUACCCAGGAUGUGUCGGACUCGGGGAUACAAGUCCACGACGCGCCUGUCGCAACACCCGUUGGGCCAACGAGUGAGGUGACCCCUAGCAAAGCAACACCAACAACAACAGAGAACCAAGCUUGGGAUGGCCCAAGGAGUGACACCCUCCCAGAGAACAGGAGCAACAACACAGUCUCAACGGAGAAACUAGCCCCUGUCACGACGGAGAAGGCAGUGGACGAGACUCAGACCACGCCUAACCCCCUCGCAUCAACAACCGCCCACGUUCACCAGCUCCGCGAGUCCGCCGUCCCAUCCACGCGCAUCGGCCGACUCUGGAACUACGGCGGUCUCGCCGCAGGCAUGUUCGCCGGCGCCAUCGGCGAGGGUCUCAGCCGGGUAGUCGGCGGCGGCAGCGGCACGGGCUCGGUGAUGCUUAGCGCCGGCAACAUGGAGCGGCUGGUGGCCAAGCUCUCGCGCAUGCGCGGCGCGGCGCUCAAAAUGGGCCAGAUGAUGAGCUUCCAGGACGCCAAGAUGCUGCCGGCGCCGAUCCAGGAGGUGCUGCAGCGCGUGCAGGACCGCGCCGACUACAUGCCAGGCUGGCAGCGUGACCGCGUGCUGGCGGCCAACCUGGGCACCGACUGGCGCGAGCUGUUUGACGAGUUUGAUGACAAGCCCAUCGCUGCGGCCUCGAUCGGACAGGUCCAUCGCGCGACGCUCAAGGCGGACGGCCAGCGUGUUGCUGUCAAGAUCCAGUUCCCUGGCGUGGCUGACUCGAUCAACUCGGACCUUGACAACCUCGCCGUGCUCCUGGCGGCUACUAAGCUGCUGCCCAAGGGGCUGUACCUCAACAAGACCAUUGACAACGCGCGCACCGAGCUCGCCUGGGAGUGCGACUACACGCGCGAGGCUGAGUGCGCCGAGCGCUACCGCCAGCUUUUAGCUUCGUCGGAGACAAACGAGGAAAACGACGUCUUCUCAGUCCCCCGAAUCUACCCCGAAGCCAGCGGCAAGCACGUCCUAACAAUGGAGUUCAUGGCCGGCACAGCCGUGACCCGCAUCGCCUCCUUCACCCAAGCCCAGCGCGACUGGAUCGGCACGCACAUCCUGCGCCUCUGCCUGCGCGAGAUCACCGAAUUCCACUUCAUGCAGACCGACCCCAACUGGACCAACUUCCUCUACAACCCGACCACAUCCCGCCUCGAGCUGCUCGACUUUGGCGCCUCCCGCGAAUACCCGGCGGACUUCAUCGAUCCCUAUGUGCGCCUGCUCGCGGCCGCUUCCCGCGCCGACCGCGACCGCGUCAAGACACUCAGCCAACAGCUCGGCUACCUGACCGGCCACGAGAGCCGCGCCAUGCUGGACGCCCACAUCACCAGUGUCAUCACGAUCGCCGAGCCGUUUCUGAGGACAGCAGCGUCUGACGAGGUGUACGAUUUCCGCGACCAGACCAUCACCGAGCGCGUCAAGGCCCAAAUCCCUGUCAUGAUCCACGAGCGUCUGGCCCCGCCGCCUGAGGAGACGUACAGUCUGCACCGGAAACUGAGCGGUGCCUUUUUGCUGUGUGCUCGGCUUGGGAGCAGGGUGAGGUGUCGGGCGUUGUUUGAGGAUGCGUUGACUAGGAAUGGGUUUGCGGAUGAGUUGUAG